ACCUGCAGCAGAUGCGCUCGGAGCGGCGGAGGAUCAGCAAGUCGGGCUCGGAAUGGGUUUGAAUGACAGCCGUUCGAGAUGAAGCUAACAUUAAGCGCCUUGACGGUGUUUGUGGCUGUUGCCGGCGUCUUGAGUUUCGUUUUAUUAGUGGUAGCGAUUGGGACGGAUUUUUGGUACAUCAUCGAUGCUUCAAAGUGGGAAUAUAACUCCUCAAUUCCUCUGAGCUCUCAUUCCGGCAUAUGGAGAACUUGCAAAUUUAAAAGCCGCUGCUUGCCCCUGUUAAACUCCUUUGGGAGCAUCAACAUGAACAUUUCGGAUUCAGAACGACAACUUCUGAACAUGCAUGGAACAUUUGUGGUCUUGCUGCCCCUCAGCUUAAUUCUGAUGCUUUUUGGUGGGAUGGCUGGAUUUCUAAGUAUUUUGGCCAGAGCCUAUAUGCUGUUGAUGAUGACUGGAAUCCUGUUUCUUUUUGGAGCUCUUGUCACCCUGGCUGGAGUCAGUGUCUACGUGGCAUAUUCAGCUGCAGCCUUCAAGGAAGCCGUCUGUCAGGUCGGGAGGAAGGCUUUGCAAGACAUUGACAUCAGAUUUGGGUGGUCUCUCGCAUUGGCCUGGAUCUCCUUCAUUGCCGAAGUCCUCACCAGCAUUGGAUUCCUUCUGGCCUCAAGAAUUGUAGGCUUGAAGAGAAGGCAGCAGCAAGGUAUAUGAAUUGCAGAACAUGGCUACACCACGAUGGUUUUGGAGAGUAGAAAUACUCUUGGAAUAAUCUUAUUUGAUGUGCCUGUUUCCUGAAAGUUCAGGUGGGGAGGUCUGCCUCAGCUGGGUCAGACGCAACAAAAAAGGAUCAGUGGAAUUUGUGUACUAUUUCUGUGUACUAUUUAUGUAUACAUAUGUAUGUAUAGUUAUGGUGGGGUAGUGGCUAAGGCUGACUAGCAGGACCCUGCCUUUGCUCCAACUCUAGCAACAACCGUGUAGCGUACUUGUGAAUUGUAAGUCAUGUUGUAUUAAAGUGUGAACUAAAUAUCCAUGGAUUCAUUUACUAACUCACUUAAUCCUAUUACAGAGUAGCAGGAUUGGCUAAAUAAAUAAUGUAAAUGUAAAAUACACUUGUAUAAAAGAGACUAUUGCAGUUUCAUUAGAAUUAGGCUUGCCUCAAUGCUCAUUAAACAAUGGUGGUGCCAGGAGCGAGGCAAUAAUAAGGUUGGACAAGACUGGAGAAUGAAGUGGCUGCAAGCAGUUGGGCACGGAUACUGAGCCGAGUCUCAUCAGAACGGCACUAGGACAUUAGCAUAAGGUGGGAGCCUUUGGACUUGA